AUGUCUGCCGCUUUCGAUCCGUCAAUGUCAAUCGGCCCAGGUCGCCAGACCAUCGCCCCCGUUGGCCCCUCCGCCGCCGACAAGCUGCCCAGCAUCGACUUUGGGUUCGACGAUUUGCGCGAGCGCAUGGCCAAGUUCACGGCUAGGUUCGAUGCCUUUAUCGAGCAGGGCCGCAAGCGCGUAUUGGAAGAGCGCAACCAGUUCCGCGUCAACAUGGCCGAGCUACAAGAGGACGAACGCAUGAGACGGAGGGACAUUGAAAUCGCCCAAGUCAAGAUGUCGACGUACCAGCAAACCAUUGAGAAGGAAGAAGCCGAGAAGCGCGAGAUGGAAGGCUCGAUAUCUUCGCUCGCCGCCCAGCGCGACAGCCACAUCGCCGCGCGCGACAGCCUCAAGGCCCAGAUUGCCCAGACCCAAGCUGAGAUAGACUCUCGGCUGGCCGCCCAACGCGCCUACGCAAAGCAGAAAGAGGCGCAGCUACGGUACAACGUGCCCGAGCUGGACUUUUGGAUCACGAACCUGUGUCUGCGGAUUGAGGGCGCGGGAAAAGACGACCGGCUCAAGUUUGUGUACACGCACAUUGACGAGAAGAACUGGGAGCGCGAGGCGUGGUUCGAGCUGGUGACUAGCUCGCGGGAUUACGAUGUGAAGCAUUGCAGGCCCAAGCUGGAGCGGGAGAGCGUCGAGAGGGUGUUGGACAAGGUCAACGAGUCGAGGGAGCUGGUUGUGCUGCUGAAGGGAAUGAGAGAGCUACAUCCCAUACAACAACCCACGCCAAACAUCCUCCCAGCAUCCAAACCACCACCAUCAAAACCCAGCCCUUUCGCCAUGCCCAAACCCGACAAACACGUCGCGGCCUCUCAAGCCGUCGACAUUCUCGAAGAAAUCUCAACCAUGCUGAACUGCCACAUGGACCGCCGCAUGCUGUCCACCUGCGUCUCAUUGAUUGAGCAAGGCGUCCAUCCUGAAUCGCUCGUGCAAGUCAUCAAGGAGCUGCGUGAGAUUGCCGAUGACACGCGCCGGGAACAGCAAGAGGCCGCCGCCGCUAAUAAUCGGUGA